AUGCCACCUCGUGUUCAACAUAGAGACUCUGCUUCGGAAUCAGAAUCUAAGACGGGAACGACAUCUCGAGCCGCUAACAAGGCCAGAAAUGCUGUUGCUCAGGCUGCUCAACUCGAGCUUCUUUCGAAGCAUAUCCACUCAAAUGGUCCUAAGGAUAAACCCAAAGUCAACCCUUUGGAUUUUCUUAGUCUCGACAACGAGGCUCUCCAUAAAUACAAUCUCAAAUAUGGCAUGAAUUUGCCAAAGAUUCAAUCGGUGAAUGAGAACAUACUUCUGUCUGAGAUUGGAAAGAAAACUUACAGUGCCAUGAAGGCGGUGUCGCUGGGCCGUAUUUCGAAACCGGAGUUUGCUAGCCAUGUGCAUAAACAUUUCCUUGCAGCUCCUUGUCGUGAAAAUGAGAUAGUGGCCAACUUCAUGUACAAGGUCAAGAACGAAAACAAAGAUUUCAAAUUGACGUUGUGA